AUGCAUGUAAUUUCAGGUUCUAAUUCCAGGUCAGAAGUUGCAUUGGCUGAAAAGGAAAUUAUAGAAGAUGAAUACAGGAAAAAAGUUGAGGAGUUAAAGAAGAAAGAAGCGGAGUUGGAGAAUGACUUGGCGAAUAUGUGGGUUCUUGUUGCUGAUUUGAAACGAGAAGCAGGAGUUGUUAUUGAAGCUAAUGUUAAUAGUGAGGGAAAUGAAAAUGUGAAUGAAGUAAGAGUCGAAAAUGGUGAUUGCAAUAGUCAGGUUCUUAAAGAAAGGAAGUUUUGGAUGUUGUUCAACAAGUUUUGCAUGAUGUUCCAAAGGAAGAGUCCCUUGUUGCUCGUUUGA